UGAGAAAUCAACAUUCAAUUUUUGAAGAAUUAAUUCUUAAUAGAAAUGGCCAUGAUGGACCCAGAGUUGUAUUCCCAAUACCAUGGUAUGCAAAGAGACGUUGUCAAGUUUUUCCUAAAGAAUUAUCUAAAUACGACAAAGUGGAAGAGUAAUGAUACUGUAUUGGACAUUGGAUGUGGAUCAGGAGAAGCCACCAUGGAACAAUUGGCACCAUCUCUACCCCAAGACUUCAAAAAACUGGUAGGAUUAGAUAUCUGUCCGGAUAUUGUAAACGUAGCCAAACGUCAAAACAAAAACCCAAAAAUUGACUUCAUCGUAUGCGACAUAUCAUCAAAAGAUAUCAACAAAUACGUGCAUGAAAAAUUCGAUCACAUAUUCUCCUUCACAUGCUUACAAUGGGUUCAGAACCAACGGCAAGCUAUGCAUAAUAUCUAUAACCUGCUAAAACCAGGUGGCGAUAUCCAGUUCAUGUUCGUUGAGAGAUCUCCUAUUUACGAUAUUUAUGAAUCGAUGGCGUCCAACCCGAAAUGGAGCAGAUUCAUGGAGGACGCAAAUUUGUACAUAUCGCCGUAUCACCAUUGCGAGGAUCCAGUAACUAUUUACAAAAAUAUUCUCGUCGAAGAAGGUUUUACGGUGAACGAGUGUAUUGUGGUGGAAAUCGAGGGAUUGUUACCAAGUUUGUCUGAACUGAAAAAGAGUUUACUCGCUGUAAAUCCAUUCUUCAAGAGAAUACCAGAAAGCAUGCGAAAUGAUUACGUAAAUGAUUACAUUAAAGAAUUUCUCUGCUAG